AUACAGCAGCUGGAGAGUGAUACGGCAGCUUUGCGCGAGGACUUGACAAACCUCUUCUCCAGGCUGGCCAAGGCAUGUGCUUCCAUCGACGAGAAGAACUCCCAGGCGAUGGACCUCAUGUUCGUCCAGGCGACCACCGAGACGCUGGAAGACUUGACAGGCCGUCUGGAGCAGUUGGAACUGGCCCGAGAGGAGAGCGUCGGCCGCCAGAACCAGGUUCUCAAGUCCUUUGGACGGGAUUUGCAGAACUUGGCGUCCAGGCUGGACGGCCAUGACACUCGCAGUACCGCCAGCAAGGUCACCGCAGACAAGCUAAAAUCCUCGCACGAGGUGCUCCGUGGAGAGGUUGAGCACCGCUUUGAAACGCUGGGUCAGCUUCUGCAGGACACACGGGCCGUUGCCGAUGCAGCCAGGCUGUCGCACCAGGCGGAGGCCGAACGCUGCACCGAGGAGCUGGGCGAACUGCAGCACGCGGCCAAGGCACAGGCAGCGCAGCAGGAGGAGCUGCAAAGCUGGCACACGACCUUGUCGCAGCAGCUGUUAGAGCUGCGCCAGCAGAGUCUUUCUGAGCUGAAGCUCUGCAUACAGCAUCAGCAGGAGGAGGCUCAGAGACGCGAAGAGCACGUGGAGGAGCAGCAGGCAGCAGUUGUGUCGGAGCUGCACCGAGACAUAGAGCAGCUCAGGUCGUGGGUCCAGGAGGAAGUUGCCCAGCGCGUAGACAACGCAGAGGGCACUGUGCGGUACUUCCAGGAUCACUUCGUUCGUGCGCAGAAACGCGGCAGCUGGUGGUGGUUGCGGUGGCGGAAGGAGCUGUCCGAGUCCACGUUCCACCGCAAGGUGACCUGGAGGGUGAGAAGCGUGACACCGCGUUUGAGACACGCGGUGGAGUCCAAGGGAGAAGUGCAAUGCUUCGUGUCCCCCGAGCUUCACUUCGCGGGCCAGCGCCUUGUUCUGGAACUUCAACUUCCAGCCGUAGAAGACUUGGAGGCUUUUCUGGCCGUCCAUGGCCCACCGCCAGCCGCCCCCCUGCCCGGGGUUUGUGCCGUCCGCAUCUGGGCCCGCCCAGGCAUCCGACUGGCCUGCCUUGUCGCACUCGGUGACAGCGCUGUCACCGGGGGCCGUGCCGCCGAGCACCUUUUCCCGGAGCCUGGCCCAGUUUCAGAUGAACUUGGGCGUGUUCCGUGGCAGAUUGCCCAUGUGGGCGAGUUCUUUCAAUCUUGGGAUCGGCGCACGGACUCUCUCACGGUCUCCCUCGAGGUCCUUGAGAUGCGCGUGCCGCCCCCCGAGAGGCCACUGUGGCUUCCCACAAACGUCGCCGAGGAGGCUUCGCCCUCUGCCAACGGCUUGCAUCCAGCUGACGAGCUGAGUUACACGAAUCAUCUGGCAGGGGAAGCACUGGUGCAGGAGCGGGUGUCCGCUGAUCUGCGGCGGCUUUGGUCCCUCGGCACUCGGCGCAUGGAGUGGACUUUGGAGGGCUGCAGCAGGCUUCUACAGCGAGCUCAGCCAGGCCACUUCGUUGAGAGCCCAUUCUUUGCUUGCGCUGGCCUCGAGGGCCUCUCGUUGCGGCUCUACCCGCGCGGUGCCGCCGUCGAGGCGGAUUCAGGUGCUGCACAGAGCUCGUUGAUGCUUCACUGCGAAGAGCGGGUGUCCCUGCGGGGCACCAUGUCUAUAGGUUCCAGAGCGAAGCAGUUUGAGUUCGUGGCCGACGAUCAUGGAGACUGGUCUGGGGCACAGAAGCUUGGCGUGCUCGAGCGGCAGGUUGACAGCAGUGACAAAGUGCUCAUCGCAGUCGAGAUCGCUGAGGUGGAUCGGGAGGAGGAUGGUGUUCCGUACUGCGUCUGCCUCCGCACACGCUCCGACAAUCCAGCGCCGGCUUUGGGCAUGCGCCAGGUCUCGGCCACCCGCCGGCGCACGCCUCAACCUUUCGAGUCGGUUUCGAGGUGUGUAUCGUCACCUUCUAUGUCACGCCCCGCAACUGCCGGGCGACUGGCGUUGCCUCGAUCAGCGGGUGCGGCCAUCGUGGCGCGGAGAGACGUGGGGGCCAUGAGCUGGCCCAGUCUCGCAGCGCCUUUAAGGCCUGAGUAG